UGAGCUGUUUUGGGGUGAGGCGGUGCGUUUGGGGGGCACUCACAACUUCUUGGAUAGAUUUCUUGCGCAGUUCCUUUACCGACUGCAACUAACCGACUGCACAUAUUCGGGGAUUGCAUCGGGCGUGUAUCGGGCGAGUGGUGUUGGAGAUUUGCGUAAACGGCCAGAUCUGUGGCAGUGACGCACGGUCUGGGAGUCGCUGAUGUGGGAAGAAAGUUGUGGACAUGUUUUACUGGAAGCGCAAGGUUUUACGGACACGGCGUGCAAAAAUCUAACUGCGCAUUCAACCUUUCCACCGUGCACAACGACUUUGGAUUAUUUUUGGUUUGUCCGCUCGUAAAACUCCGCUCUUCUGCUUCCACUUCGCCAUGUUGUCGCACUUUGAAACUCGAUAGAAAGUUGACAGGGGAGCGCUGACAUACAUGGAGUCUAGUUCGGACGCGGUUGGAGAGUGUUUUCCACUGAGGUUUUACGCGCAGAGCUCCGUGCACCGCCGACCAGGGAUCUUUGCUGUAGCGAUGACCAUGGAGACAGACAUCUGCACUGCCUUCUGACUGGACCAACUUGGUUGAACUUUAUUCUCCCUCAGAUGCUAUAAAACUCCUCCUAUUUCCUCUACAACACGUCUCGCCUCAUCUCCCCAAUCCGGAUUUUUCGCGAGCUCCAUUUGAUAACUAUGAGCCUCCCUUCUCAAGUCAACAAGCCACCAAAGCACAGGACUGCCACCAUGAAGGAACCAGCACACCAAAGCGACAGCUUCUACAGCAUGGCUCCUCCUGCUCUGGAUCCCAGCCACACAGACUUGAACACUGGGGCAUCUGGGUUGUACCAUGCGGAAAAAACGGCGCAAAAUUUGGGACAUUACCAACAGCAGCCCGCUCAGGUGAAGUGGAUGCAGCAGGAGGCCAUGCAAGGAUCUGGUUGGACCCAGGAACCCCAGCUUACCGGGUGGAGUCAAAACUUUACUGGCUACAUGGGUGGAGUCAAUGUGAGGGGGCAGUUGUUUCAUAAAGAAAUGCGCGAAGGAGUUUCUAUGACAACGGAAAACCAAAUGCAAGAUGUUUUUAGGGACAAUACGCAAUGGGAGCAAAUGCACCAGAUCCAAAGUUAUCAACAGCAGCAGCAGCAGCAGCAGCAGCAGCAGCAGCAACAGCAGCAGCAGCAGCAGCAGCCAGUGCAUACUACAUUACCAGCACAGAUGCUGCAGCCAUUCCAGACUUUUCGGCAGAGUAAACCACAGCAGGCGCAGUUCAACCCGGGAUACUACACAGGGUUUCAGCAGAGUAAGACCAUGCAAAGUUUGGGUUACCCUGAGCAACCGAAACAACAACAUCAACCACUCAUUCAUCAGUUUCAGCAGCAGCAGCAACAAAUGCACAACCAGCAGCAGCAGCAGAUACAAAUGCAGCAAAUUCAACAACAUCAGAUGCAAAUGCGGCAAUAUCAACAACAACAACAACAGCAGUGCAUGCAAGAGAGACACAUGCAGCCUAGCCAACAGGUUGGCCAACCGAAUAUUCAGCAGAACAUGCAACAAGUUGAGUCAAAGCAACAGUUUGUCAGAUACCAAGGUCAACAAGAACCCAAAAAGGAGGAGAACACUGAGCAACCACGGCUAGAUACGUCUGUGAAGGACGUGGUGAUAGAUAAAGUGCCCGAAAAUGUUCUCAGUACAGCUACGGCUGCCCAGCCAAGAAGGUCUAGGAGGCUGUCCAGAGAGGGGCAUUCGCCGACCGCAGAGAUGCCCCAGAACGGAGUUGGCACAACGGGGCAGAGGGCAGGAGCAGAGGGCCAGGGGGGGACCGGAGGGCUAACUGGAGGGGUGAUCCAGAGCACCCGCAGGAGGAGGAGGGCAUCCAAGGAGAUCAACCUGGAGACACUGGCACAGCAGGCAGCCAAGAGGGAGUCUCUGCCUGCUAAAGUAAAGGCGGAUGUCCCAGUGGGCAGGCAGUCCUCCAUGGCCCCCCUGGUCAUGCCCGUGUCAGUGCCCGUGCCCAGAGCCCAGGAGGCUGAGGGAGGCAGCAGUCUGGGCCGACCCAGGACCAGCGACCGUUAUGGAAGUCAGAGCCUCCAUAAAGCUUCGGUCAUUGUGGCCAGAAGACGCUCACUCAGGAACUCUGUCACAGAGAGCCCCAUGCAGGAUGGAGAGAAUGACUCAGGGACAGAUGAGGAGGGCAAGCCAAAACCUAAGCGUCGUCCUCGGCCUGAGCCUCUGAUCAUUCCCCCUCCUCGGCCCUCCUCGUUCAUCGCCCCCUCUGUGUACUCCAGUAUCACCCCGUAUCAGUCCAACCUGCGCUCCCCUGUACGCCCGCUGGACCCUCCCCUGGUGCUGCCACCCUACACCCCCCCUCCCAUCCUGUCCCCGCUCAGAGGGGGGUCGGGCCUCUACUUCUCUACCUUCCUGUCCAACAUGGCGGCAGGGACACAGGUGCUGCCCCCUCAGGCCAUGCCCAAGACUGCCACUGUCAGCCUGCUGCGCUUAGCAAGUACUGCCAGUUCAGAAGGCACGCCUCCUCUCACUAUCGUCACUGAUGCCACUCCUGUGAGCCUCGAGCCGCGCAUCAACAUCGGGCAGCAGUACCAGGCUGAGAUCCCAGACUUACAAAGCCCGGGGAGCUGCGAGCUGGACCUGCACAAGGCCGACCUGCUGUGGCGGCCCCUGGAGGAGCCCACUACAGGGGGACAGGACCCGGUGCGUGACCUGAUGAACAUGGCGUGCUCCAGUGUUCUUAGGGGAGGAGGAACCAACCAGGAGCUGGCCCUGCACUGCCUGUUCCAGAGAGGAGGAGACGUACUGCAAACAGUGGGCUGUCUGGUGCUGCAGGACAUGCUCUUCCCUAAAGGCCACCCCCUGUGUGACUACCACUACUCAGGGUCGGACUGCUGGACUCCAGAAGAGAAACGUUACUUCAACAAAGGCAUCUCUGCCUACAGGAAGGACUUCAUCAUGGUACAGAAGCUGGUGCAGACCAAAUCGGUGGCUCAGUGUGUAGAGUUCUACUACACCUACAAAAAAAAGGUGAAGGUUGGACGCAGUGGGAAUCUAACCUUCGGCCCCCCAGACUCCCCCCUGGAUCGGCCGGACGAGGUGCUUGAAAACAAGAGCUCCAUGCAACCAAGAGUUAUCCUGACUGAGGUGCAAUUGAACCAUCUUCCACAGCUUUCUUCUGAGCAAAGCACUUCCUCUGAGCAGAGCCAGGAAAGCCGGCAUCAGGCAAGAGUCGCGCAGUCACUACAGGCACACGACUAUGCAGCGUCCGUGGUGGUACGCGACCCGGUGAGGUCCACUCCCCCCCAGCCCCCCGCUCACACCCGGCCGCGCUCAGAGCCCCAGGCCAAGAAGGGCAAGGCUCCCCCAAAAGCUCCAGCAGACCCCGACCAAGUGUUCCCCUGCAAAAAGUGUGGCAGAGUGUUUGGUAAAGUGAAGAGCCGCAGUGCCCACAUGAAGAGCCACGCUGAGCAGGAGAAGAAGGCUGCGGCCCUCAGGCUUCGGCAGCAGGAGGAGCAGAACCGGACCAGGACUCUGCAGCUGGAGCCCGGGUCUGAACCAGGACUGGGGGCCAGACCGGGACCUCGCUCAGAGCAGGGCAGACCGCGGACUGGGGGAUCCUACCAGGAGCAGGGCAGCGGGGCAGAGUCCAGUGAGGCUGACGAUGCCUAUGAUGAAGACUGGCAUUAGAAGCAGCUCAUCUGAUCAAACUCCAAACUAGAAGGUUUUCUCAUAAGCACAAUGAAAACACUUUCCUGGUGUCUGCUCAGGCCUGUCACCAUGACACAUUUAGACGUGCAAUGGAUUUGUACUUUAAAAUAAAUUUCGAUAGACAGUAAUAUUGAAGACGGCCAAAGACACAAUAAGCCUAAAGCUGGAUAAUGAUGUAAAUGUUUUUUUAAAGGCACUAUACUGAUUUUAUUGUCUUAAAAAUUGUGAAAAACAGAACUACUGUAGUUCAUUUUAAACAGUUUGCAAUGGUCCAAAGUUAUUUCUCACUUACCUUAUACAUUCUGAGCAUCCUAAUUAUUAGUACUUUCAGGGACCAGAGCAGAGUUUUGCUAUAACAGUAAAGCUAACAACGCACUUCCUGAUUAUCAGACAAUAAAACGCUUUAUAUUUGGUACACAGCAGACUUAUUUUGAUCUCAAGGGCUGCUUAUACAAUAUAUCUGUACUGGGGCAAGACACAUAUUGCUUAAGUAAACUACUACUACUUCUACUACUACUAAAAUACAUGGGAAAAAUUUGAUACAAGCCCUUUAAUUUAUUUAUUGACCUGUAUCAGGAUAGCAGCCAACUCCUCUACCAAAAAAAAUACACAGUGAGCCUUUGAAGUAUUUGAAAAGAAAAAAGAAAAUAUUUGCAACUACUGCAAUUAAAAUUUAAUAUUUACCUUAAAGAGGGGGUAUUAUGCAAAACAAUACACUACAACUUCACAAACCUGAUGGGAUGUGCCGUAGUUUCAGUGGGAUGCAUGCUGAUUGUGUGGUGGUGUUGCUCUGAAGGGGUAGUGACAAGGGGAGUCAUGAUUCAGAGCAUAAAAAUAAACAUGAAACCUAAUAUGUUGUUUCUGGUGAAUAUAGCAUUUGCAAAACCGUAAAAGGAAAGGUGAUGAUCUAAAUAUGUGGUGUGUUAGCACAUGGGUGUCAGUACAGAGAAAAAUUAGAAUAUGUGCAUUUAUAACAGGUUAGACUGAACCACCAGACCUUUGUUCAUGCUUACAGCCUCAACAGGACACACUAAAUAUAUGAUACUGGCUUGGUAGAUUUUCUUGUAGUAAAAGUACUGUAUAAGGUUAUAUGGGCCUAACUAAGUAAAAUUGGUCUGAGGGCUGCAGUUCCCCCCCAGGUCUUAGUUUGGACAUGCCUGUGUUAGCAGUACAAUACCCCCUCUUUAAAUCAUACUUCAUCUAUCAGUUAUUGAAACGUCAGCUGUUACGGUGACAGGCCUAGUUCUACUCCUCCACACACUCCCCUCCACUCAUCGAAGUGGAGAUUUUUUGUACUUUUUCAGUUUUAUAUUUACACGAAAUGAAUGUCAAACACAACCUCACUAAGUGGACCGUGUGCAAAAGAUCAAAUGGUAUUACACUGUAAAAGAGGAAUAUCUACAAGUUCAAUAGCUUUUACAAUGUUUACAACAAUGUCCUGUAAAGGGGCAGGUGGGAAUCAACUCCCAUUUCGUCAGCAGACAUGCUUAUUUUAUUAAGUCUUUUUUGAUGAAUAUUUCAUUUGCAUUUUGCAUUUAAAUUGUCCAAAUAAUAACAUAAUGAUCCAUGUGUCAUAGAUUAUAACUGUAGAGCAGACACAAGCGUAAUAUCUUUAAGAUUCUAGAUACUCUGACUUGAGGAUUCUCCUGUCAAUAAAUUUAGCAAAGCGGAGUCAUAAAAAAGCACAUAAAACAGUUUGUUUGAAUUAAAUGAGAUCAACCAAACAUCUAAACUGCUCCUAAUCCCUCAAAUGAAGACAAUAUGUUUGAAAAAAACAAAAAAACAAAAAAACUCAAACGUAGAUCUUUCUUUUUUGCAGUGUAUAUUGUCAAAGCCUUUUUAACAAUAUAAAUAAGAGCUUGUAUUUAUAAUCGUAUGGAGAAAUACUGUAUUGAUUGUUGCAGAUGUGUUUUAUUUUUAGAUUGGUUGUACACAUAUUUUUUAGAUUGGUUGUACACAUAUUUUUACAGCUAAGGGACCUUUUUGAAUUGUACAAAAGUUUAUAAGAAAAUGCCAUAUAUAUUUAUGAUGCAUUUUGCUGAUCUAACACCAGUGUAUGAGUGCAUCAUUAAAGUGUAAAUGGGGAAAAAUAUACAUUUCUAUUGUUUAUAA